UACGUCACUUCCUGGAGACUAACUGAAUCCGGAAGUGAUCCCAGAGGACCGACUUGCAGCUGAGGACCCCGGCGGCAGGCCCAGGUUCGGGACCAUGAGCUGGAUCCCUUUUAAGAUUACGCAGCCCAAGAAACAGAUUGUUCCCAAAACAGUUGAGAGAGACUUUGAGAGGGAGUAUGGAAAACUCCAGCAGCUGGAAGAGCAGACCCGGAGGCUGCAGAAAGACAUGAAGAAGAGCGCGGACGCCGACCUGGCCAUGUCAAAAUCUGCUGUGAAGAUAUCCUUGGACUUACUCUCCAAUCCCCUCUGUGAGCAAGACCAGGACUUUCUGAACAUGGUGACAGCCCUGGACACGGCCAUGAAGCGGAUGGAUGCCUUCAACCAGGAGAAGGUGAACCAGAUCCAGAAGACUGUGAUUGAACCCUUAAAAAAGUUUGGCAGCGUCUUCCCCAGCCUCAACAUGGCCGUGAAGCGGCGGGAGCAGGCCUUGCAGGACUAUAGGAGGUUGCAGGCCAAGGUGGAAAAGUACGAGGAGAAGGAGAGGACGGGGCCGGUGCUGGCCAAGCUCCACCAGGCUCGAGAAGAGCUUCGGCCGGUGCGGGAUGACUUCGAAGCCAAAAACAAACAGCUCCUGGAUGAGAUGCCACGGUUCUACAGCAGCCGGCUCGACUACUUCCAGCCCAGCUUUGAGUCUCUGAUCCGGGCGCAGGUCGUGUACUACUCCGAGAUGCACAAGAUCUUUGGAGAUCUGACCCAACAGCUUGACCAGCCAGGCCACUCGGAUGAGCAGCGAGAACAGGAGAAUGAGGCAAAACUGAGUGAGCUUCGAGCCCUCUCCAUCGUGGCUGAUGACUGAAUUCCUGUAUAUCGCGUUUGGAGGACUUCUGGGACAUGACCAGCCCUCUGAUCCCUGCCCUCUUCCGGGCAGGCCCAUGCUGUUCCCACAGGUUGGGGUGGAGGCGGCCCCAGUCUACCUCGGUGGCCGUUUGCAGUGAGCAUCUUCCCCUGAGCUGCAGCCUCCCCACAGCCCCAGACACGGGUAAGCAGUAUAGCAAUCCCCCAGGGUUUUACUUCCAGAAGAACCGUCCAAAGUAUGUCCUGGCCAAAGGGCAGGGCCAACUGCAGCCCCGCAGAGGGCAUGGGCUCUGCCAGCUCAGCUGAGGUCUUAGCCCUGCCUGCCCUGCAGGGUCCAUCUACCUCACCCCAGGAGUCCACCAGCCCCUCCACUCGUUGCCUUUUCACUUCAAAGACUUUACUGAGUAAAGGCCCACAACCCUGGCCCUGCCCAGGGAAGAGAGCACAGAGGCCCUCAAGACCACUUCCCAGCAAGACAGAGGCUAGUCCUACACAGCAGUGAGCCCUGGGUCAUUCAGGUUAUCCAGGCAACGGGGACUCAAAGCAGCUGUCCCAACACACAGAAUGUCACACGUGAAUUCAUAGGCCGCUGAGCAGAACUGUAGAUUUAUGUCUCGCCUGGAUAUUUGGGAUUUUA